AUGGGCAACGAGGCUCCAAGCCAAGAGGCCGCCCAGCCUCGCCUGGCUUGGCGCACGGGUUUAAGGUUCACUGACUGCCGGCCCUGCCUCAACUUUGGCCCCGAGACAGGGCUGCCGGCAGCGCAGAGGAAGUGCCACAGCCCAGGGAGCCGGCGCUGCCGGCCAGGACUGCUCCCGUCACUGCCGGUGGGAACCUCCGGAGGCUUCGGAAAGCCAAACACUCCUUGUGCCUCCUUGGUAGGUUCGUUCUUCACACAGACCCUCUGCCUGGAGGCCACAACCCUCAAGCUGGAGAUCUGGGACACAGCAGGCCAGGAGAAGUACCACAGCGUCUGCCACCUCUACUACCGAGGUGCCCACGCUGCCCUCCUCGUGUACGACAUCACCAGCAAGGAAACACUAAGCAGGGCCAAGCUGUGGCUGCAGGAGCUGGAGAAGGAGUUCUUCCACGACGAGAUCGUGAUAGCCUUGGUGGGCAACAAGGCAGACCUGGCAGCCGAGCGAGAAGUCACAACUGAGGAAGGAGAAGAGUUUGCAAGGAGCAGGAACCUGCUGUAUAUGGAGACAUCUGCAAAAUCCAGCUACCAAGUGAAUGAGCUCUUCACAGCAGUAGCUCAAGAGCUUGUGGCUCGGGAAGGCAAGAAGGCAGCAGUGCAGUACACAGCCCUGGCAGACCUGCAGGAGCCCAGGGCGCCAGGGCCCCAGUGCUGCGGGCUCUGA